GGUUGUUGUUUCCGUGAGAGUUUCAAACAAACAAAUCAACUGAAACGGUCAAACAAUUUCAAUCCACCAAAUGACUGGCACAUCAGAAUAUCUAUCGAAUACCCAAUCCUUCCGGUGUUGCUAAAUUGUUUCCAAAGGAGAAAUAAUCAACCAAUAACACAACAAUUAAAGAAUAAAAUAAUAAAAACAAUUGAAACAAUUAACUAAACUUUAGUCUCGUCAACAAUGAAACUCAACCGACUCUUGGUAACCGACUGGUGGGAACAACCAAUCAGCUUUUAGCUUCGGUUUGAAAACUUUGUUUUCUUCAACAUAAUCGGUGAAUUUUGUUUCUCUUGUUACUUUAAUUUGUUUUUUUUUCUCUCUUUUAAUUAAUUAAUUGGACAAAAUGGAAUAGAUUGAUUGGUUUUGUAAUCAGUUAUAUUUAAAAUUCUUCUGUGCCAUUAGAUUAACCAAUUUAUUUUAAAUAAUCUCUAUGCAUGAGUGUCAUAAGUUACAGCAAAGAGGCAAUGAGAUGACCGAUGGGCCAUUCAAAGCCACUAAACUGUGGAAUCAGAUUAUCUAUGACUUUAGUACUGGGAUUGGUCUGAAGAGACACCGUCGUCAUUUAAGAGCCUAUGACAAUUGCUUUGUGGCCUGUAAAGCGGUUGAUUGGCUUUAUGAGUAUUUAUCAGCUCAAAAAAGAAAUGAAAAUAAACAAAUCUCAAGGCAACAGGCUAUUCAAUUGUUGGAUAAAUUUUUAACAUAUGAUAUAAUUGAAAAGGUUGUUACCAAGAAUACAAGUUGCUCAAAAUUCAAGGAUAACAAGGAUCUGUAUCGGUUGAAGAAUGAGAAUAUACCUUAUCCCCAUUUGGAAAAUAGCAGAGACAAUGAGGAAGAUAUGUCAUGUCGAGAAGAGAAAAUGAUGGAAAAACAAUGCAACUCUAAUAAUAAAUCAUCUCCACCGUUGGGCAAAAAUUCAGCAGCAAUUAAAAGUAACAAUGGAUCAGUUUCACCAAUUAAAUCUCUCACCUUGACCUUUGAUCCAAACUCAUCUCAUGUUUGGAAAGAGGUCAUUAUCCGACAUAUAACGAUGAUCCAACCAAUGUUUACAUCUCUUCUUGAUCCUCGAGAAAUCAACUCUCAAUUUGUCGUCAUCAAUUCAACUCAUAUCAAUAAGAAUGGAAUUGUUUUGGUCAACGAUAAGUCUAAGGAUAUUCCUCAUUGGGUCAUGUCCGCCAUGAAAUGUCUAGCGAACUGGCCCAACAAUUCUGGUAACUCUUUACCUCGUUAUCCUGGAUUUGAACGCGAUGUUUUCAACCUCAUUCGAGAAUAUUUUGUUAAUCUUGACUCUCCCAUGAUUCCAUCCAUUUUUUACCCUCUAAUUGUAUCCCUUGUUAAAGAAAGUGAUCUUCAAGGUAUCUAUCGUCAACGAAGUGGUCAACUUUACUCUAAUGUGGCCUUGGAAAAUCGUGAGCCAAUUUACGAGACUCACACAUCAACUCCUCUUAAUAAUAAAAAGGCCGAUAGUCGUCGUACUAAUGGUCUUUCAAGUAAAGUGAAAAAAGAUGAUUCAAUUUUCGAGACUGUUUUCCACCCUCAAAGUCCAGUUACUCGAAUUUUAUCACAAGAUCAGUUGACAUCGAUCUUUUCUGCGAUUGCCUCUUCCGAUGGUUCACUCGAUGGCUCAUCUUCACCGCAAAGUAUUGAAGCUUUAUACUCUUGGCGCAAACCAGCCGAAGCUCGUAAUUUGCAACAUCUCGCAACUUUACCUCGAAAUAUGCGAAAACAACGAAUUGAAGGAUUGAAACGAUGUAAAUUAGAGAAAGAGCCUUACAAAAGUUCUUUGUGCCUUAUGAAUUUCGGUUGUAUUCUUCAAAGCCCUUGUGAAGAAGGUGAAUACAUGAUGGAUAAAAGCGUAACAAGUUUACAGAAUUGGCGAUCAUUCAGGAUUCGAUCACCUGAACCAACUUACAUAAGUUUAAUCAAGAGAGAAAUCAGCGAACCCACAACUCAAAACGAUCAUUUCACAUCCGAAGGAGAUGAGAAAAUUAUUAAUCUUCUAAAUUUGGUGUUUCUAUUGAUUCCACCAGAGAAUCGACGACAUCUACACUUAUUAUUACGUCUUCUUUCAAGAGUAUUGAAAAAUACAGAACUUAAAUUUCUCUCAAAUCAUUCAUCAAGCAUGGAAUAUUAUAUCAUCGAAACGUUCACUCGGUGUAUAAUCUUUUCUGGUAACGAAAAAACGUACAACGAACCAGCAGCUCAAUUCUUAGUUUCUGUGAUGUUAAAAAACACUGAACAAAUUUUUUCUAUUCCUUCCUAUGUAAAGUACCAAGUGAACAGUAUCCUAAAUUAUUGAUUCCAAAGGCUCAGCUGAUUAUGUUCAAAAGUUUGACAACAAUUUACUGUUUACAAUUUGAAACUAUCAACCUAAUAAGGAACAUCAAUUUGUUGUUCCUUUUCCUCAACUAAAUCUCAACUGGAACAAUUGACUUUCCUUAAUUGUCACUCUACAAUUACUAACAUGAAAAAAUUUAUCCGCCGCUGAAGAUUAAUUGCCAAUUAAAAAUUUGUAUCAAUUUUUAAUUCCAUAAUCAUAUUGGCUUGGAAUACGACAAUUAGAUCAAGAAAUUUCGGUUUUUAUAAAUUUCGUUGCUAAAUCAACUGAUCAAAUCAUUUCUUUCGAGCAUGAGAUUGAGAUGAGAAUUGUUGAUAAUUAGUUAACUUUAAGAUCAACAAACUGACAAAAUACAUGUUACAGGUAAAAUUAUUACGAUUAAUUGAUAAGAUUUAAGAGGAAUGUAAAAGGUUAUUAGAAUUGUGAUAGAAAAUAGAAUUUGAUAAAAAGAUAUCGUAACAUUAAUAUUUUGGAGAUUGUUGAUUGUCGUCAUGGAUUCAAAAUCUACAAUCAAGAUUAAUUAAGAAGGAACUUGUUCACCAAUUUUAGACAAUAAAGUUGUAGCUUCUUUGUAAGCCUGUAAUCAACAAAAUGGAACAACGAAGAAAAAUUAAUCACAAUGAUUAAAGGAAAAUCAGAGAAAGAAAAAUAAACUAACCUCAGCAUCGGCCCAUUUUUUUGAUCCCUUGUACUUGGUUACAAUCGCUUUGAGAUGGUCAGUGGCCUUGUCCUUUUCCCGAUUCAAGGCCAACAAAGUUUUAGCGAUCAUAAUUUGAUUCUUUGAAUAGAAACCUGGUUCAAUCUUCUCCGCUUGUUCAAACAAUUCAAGGG